AUGACCACCAUUCCACUCCGCACGAGAGCAUCAACGCUGCGUCUCCGCCUCCAACCCCCACGCCUAAGCUCGGUCACCCCCCGGAGUCUAUCCACCCUAACAGCGGGAUAUCUCCAACAAAGAGGGCCCCAGACUAAAUCCACUCUGGUACCUCACAUUUACAAGACACCACGACAAUUCGCCUUCCAAAACAAAACCAUCCACCCCCGCCAAUACAGCACGGCCCCCAAACCAACAGCAGACGCCCUCAUCGAAGAACUCCAAGACCUGUACGAAAUAGCCAAAGACGAAUUUGAAAUCGCAACCGAAAGCACAGACGGCGGUACAAUAUACGCAGCUUCAGACCGCGAGUCAGCCCGUGAUGCCCUCAACGACUUCUGCGCUACCUAUUUCCUGUAUACGUCCCGCCCGGACGAGGAGGAUACAGGUGUCGUUCUGCGUUCUGGGGAGGCAAUGAGUGGGACAAGGCUCAGGAACGCGGAGGUUGUUACGCUUAGUGAAGGAGAGGAGCAAGGGCCUGUUGUUGACACGACUUUUGAUCCUGCGAAUGUAGAAGUUACUGUUAGGGAAGAGGUGAGGCGGAGGAUUGGACAGCGGGUUCGGGAGUUGAGAAGUGCUGUUGAGCUUUUGGAGGAGAGGGCCCACGCGGAGUAA